AAUCUACUAACUCUGUGAUACCGUAUGUUUACUUUCUUCAUUUUCCUAUUCUUCCUUGUCUUGAGUUCAAGCAGCCGACCUUUUAUCAAAAAUAGUAAAAAUGGCAAGUCAAAUUACGUUUAAAGAAGAUGAGUUGGGCAAGAAAUGGGAUAUGUGCAUCUAUAAUAGCAUCGUAAAAAUGGGUGGAGGUCUAGCAGUUGGAACAAUCGGAUCACUACUGUUUUUCAAAAGAAGAGCAUGGCCCAUUCUUCUGGGAUCCAGUUUUGGUCUUGGAGUGGCUUAUAGCAACUGUGAACAGGACAUUAAAAGGACGCUAUCACCCAAGGCCUAAACUACACCGAAACUCCAAUUUUUUUGGAUCACAACUUUAGAUCGAAAUUUAUUGCAGUAGGUCAAGAUGAGAAACAAAAUGGCGGCUACAAAAUGGAUCCAUUUACAAUGAAGCUAUCGUCACUAGCAACGACCUCUCUUGACAAAAAUAAUGGCUAAUAUAAAUAAAUGAAAUAGAUAACUUCUUUAAAAUCUGUAAAUAUCUUGAUGCAGUAAAUCGUAUUGUAUAUUGUUCCAUUGAGUCGAAAUAUAACGGUUUUGUUGGUUUAA